GAGACCAAUGCCCCUCCCCUUGCCCUGAUUUGUCUGUCAAGCUUGGGCAGGGAAGACAGAAGCUUUGGAAGACUGUCCAGCUUUGAUACUUUCUUUGAUGAGCCAGUAAAAGCAAAGCUAAAUAUUCACGUGGCUCAAAGGUAAAAGAGCAAGCACAACAGCCAGCAUGGCCCUCCAGCUCUUCCAGGACAGUGUUCUCCUGCUCAUUGUGAGGAUGAAGAUACCUAUUCAGAUGAGCUUUUCUGUCUCAGGAAACAAAAGAUGAUUGCAGACUCUCGAAAGGAAGGAAGCAAGUGGAAGAUGUAACUCAGGACCUCUAGUGUGUCUCUCGGGAAUUGCUUAAUAUGUUACUGCCUUUUGAAGAGUAGCUGAAUUAACAACCCUUUCAUUUUUUCAGUUCAAAAUGCCUAAUUCUUUUGACGGUUUUCUUCUAAGAUGAAAGAUGAAAUAAGGGAAAACAUUAUCAUUCUUACUGCCAGCUGGGCCAGGGGGCCUGGAGCUGUGGCAGCUUCCCAUCUGUCAGCCCAGCCUAUCAGUGAGCCUUGGGGGAAAACUCUGAGAUCUCCUCCUUAAGGGUAAAACAGACCACAGAAGAGUUAUGACAAUGGAGAAAAGGCUGAGGUAUGCUGCCCACAUGGAAGAGAACCAAGGGAACAAGGAAAAGUUUCCUACUGAAGAGUGUUUAACAUACACUGGGAAACAGUAAGUACUGGCUUAGCAGGGGUUUGUGCUGGAUUUGGAAACUAAUGUCAUGCAACAGAGCAUCAGGCAAAGGUUAUCCCUGUCCCAAAUGUUAGAGAAAAAUGCCUGUUGCAAAGUGAGGAAGGCACUUGGCAUUAUCCAGCCUACAUGUAGGCUUAGUGCCUAAGAUCUGGACUAGAAUUGCAUCCAAGUCAGUGGCGACUGUGCGCAUCAGAUGGCUCUGUAGUUUUAGGGGAUUUAAGGCAUCUCAGGCCAUUCCUUUUCAAUAGUCUACACUAGUACAGGAAGGUCCUCCAGGACCAAUUCUUUGCAGACAAUUCUUAGAGGAAUCCUUCCUUCUCAGGCUUGUCAUCCCUUGCCGAGUCAGACUCAUGUUGCUCCUUUACAGCUCUCACCCACAAACAGUCCAGUCAAAUUCUAUUUCUAAUGGAAGCAGCUUGUCUGCUUAUUUGGUGAAAGUUCCUUUUCCUCAUCCAUUCCAUUUCACUGUGCCAGCCUUGCUGGCUGCCACCUCUAAACUUCUUCCCAAGUUUUUCAGACCAUCUGACUUUCCACAUCACUACCUUUAUACUUUUUGCAGUCCUUUCUUGUCUUCCUUUUUGUUUCCCAAACUCUCCAUUCCAUAUUUUUAUAGCAAAGACUCAGCUUCUAGUAUUAGAGAUGUUAAAAUUGCCCAGUUUGUAUAGGCUUGGGGUACACAUACCCUCUAGGGAAGGUUCUUCAGCUCUUCUGAUCUCUUGCAGAUCAUGUGCUGGAUGAGAUGGAUUAAAUAAAUAUUUUCAAAUCUGAUGUCCCACUUUGCUUUGUCCUUUCAAGGCCCUUCCUUCCUGGUCCAGCCAUUUGCUGAAGUUUACUGGGACACAGUCUGUUUCCCACCUCAAAGCCUGAGGCUUUAUAUCCACAUCUGGCUCAAUGUGGAACCCUUGUUCUUAGGAUUUCCCUACGCUUCUUCCUAGCACCAUGCUAUUUUCUUACUUUUUUAUUCCCUCAGUGCCUCUGGCCACAGUCAUCCAGAAUUUCUUCCCAGUUCCUGAACUCAGGCCCUCUGAAAGAAGUUAUAACUUUCUUUCUUCACCCCUGCCAAAACUUAACAAAAACCAGAAUGGCUGCAGGGUAGCGAAGAAAGAGAGGACAUGAAAGCUCUGCAGAAUUGGACACUGUGGGACACUGGAUGUUGUAGCAAAAUGUGAGAAACCCCAUGUGAAAUAUUUUUGUAGAGUACUAGAACAGUGUUCUCCAAAAAUUCUUCUUUGUACCUCCCUAUCAGGGACGUAUUUUUAAACACAUACACCCAGUAUAUGUAUAUUUAGUAGCUGAUAAUUAGAUAUGUAACACUAAAGUUCUAAUGCUUCCACCUCACACCUCAGUGCAUCAUCUUGCACCCCACUCUGAAGACCCCUGCACAGGAACAUCGUAAGCCAGCAGACUGUCACUGAAUAUGGAUUUCAGAUGCAAAGUCUAGAAGAUUCACAGCCCUUCACCAAAUACUCUCCUGAUCCCCAGCAAGGAGUUGAUGUUCCAAGUCCUAGGUGUGCCCUGUCCAGGAACACUUCACUGGCAGAAGACACUUGGGAAGAGAGGAGCUGUUGCUUCUCCACCACAAAGCCCUGUGAGAUCACAGAAUCACAGAUUAUUCAGAGGUGGAAGGGACCCACAAGGAUCAUCAAGUCCAACUCAUAAGUGAAUGGCUCAUACAGGGAACAAACCAAUGACUGAGAUGUAAAAUGACUAAGUUCAGAAACUUCAUGUUUUAUGCUCAUGGGAAGCUUUAUGUCUGUCAGCCCAUAGUCUCAACAGGUCUCUCUUUCCCAGCAUCUUGCAUCAGCCCGGACAAAUAGAUUUCCUUUAUCUAAGUCCUGUGAUGAUACAGUUGACCAAAAUAUUUGAACUAGGAACAUGAAGUUCCAGAAAAACAAGCUGCCAUUUCUUCUCCAUUGAUAAUAUCUAAUACAGCUACCCUUCAAUCACCAGCCCUCCCUGUUCCUGUGCCCCCAGGAGCCACCAGCUUUCUACUGCAGCAUUACUGCAUGAAAUGAGAAACUUGUUUGCAGCAAUGGGUGUACACCCUUGAGUGUAUUCUUUGAAGCAAACCAUGAAAAACCUGUCAAUGGGUCUGUGGGAUGGUCAGCACCACUGAGCAGAAGGAGUUAUUUCUGUUUCAGACAGGAAUUUCUUCUCCUAAAGAAAGAAAGAAAGGAGGGUCAUCAGAGGGUGUUCUAAUUUCAGCUGUACUUCAAAGGGGUCUGUACAUCCUCCACAGUUCUCAUUAAAGACCUGAAGGGCUGCUCUGAGACUGCUUGCUGGGUGAACUCUGAAUCAUGAGUCAGAAACACCAUUUGCCUUCAUUUGACAUCAGUUCGCCCGAUGAACAAUAUGUUAAUUCUGGGCUUUAUGAGAGCCUCUAGAAGGGGUGUCAGAGAGAAUGAGAGGGGCUUGCAUGAGGUAUGUUCACUAGAUACCUGCCGUCAAAGACUUAGGAACACAAGAGUCACAGGAGCUAUGAUCCAGAUCUUUGGCUGUGAGCUUUAGGAGUAGCCUAGGAAGAGGUCAGGAGUCUCCUCUUGCUGAUUUAAGCAAGUAGCUUAGGGAACCUCAGAGAUCACAUUCUGUUGCAAUUCAAAUUUAUUUUAUUGAUUCCUUGUUAAGUAGUUUGUUCUGUUGUACCCCAUGCUCUCCCUGAGUUGGUUUAUACCCAGGAUUUUACCUGCCCUCAAAGCUGUCCCUCAUACCAUUCCCCACCUCUUGCUCCAGCUCUUUCCCUGCCUGUCAAGGCAACCCAGUCCCUUUUGUUCCUGAGCCUUCUCUGCCACUUGAACGUUGGGCCAAUCCCUGACUGCAACACCCUUUUGGAAUUCCUCUACUCCUCGAAGCCCCAUUGGCCCAUGUGACCCAUCCUCUCCACCCUCCUACCCCAUUUGGGCUUAGACACUUGAUGUAAUCCCUUCACUCAUCCCCUGAGUACUCCCUACUUGUUAGCUGUUUGUAUCUGUCCCCUGACUUGCAUCUGUAUAAAACCCCUUGCACAGGAGUGCACAGGACUCUUUGUUUCUGAUCUGUUUACUUGGAAUAAACCCUUCCUUGUAAGGGUUUGCAACCUCAAGACGGACAGCCUCCUCCUUUCUCUUCUGCCUGGUCCCUGUCAUGGCUUGUGUCUGGCACGAUAGAGCAAGUGGCUCUGAAGGCUCUGUCUCUGGUAAAUCCCCAUACCGAGGCAGUUCCCCACUCCUGGCAUGGUGCUGGAAUUCUAAGAGCUAGCCCAGGCUUUGGUAGUAGCCACGACAAUGUUCUUCUGGGGGAUUAUCAGCCAGCCCUAUACGAUGUACUUCCAUUUGUUAAGAAUCAUUUAUAUGUCGCCCUUGAGCCAAGAAUGACACAAGAACAGACGAGAGACCCAACUUUUGACCCAAGGGACAAAAAGAAGGCUUUAUUACGAAGGAUUCUUCAGUUUUUAUAGACUGGUACAAUACAUUGCAUUUGAUUGGCUAGUUAAUGAAAAACAUCUUUCUCACACACCAUCCUCGAGAAGAGCAAGAAAACAAAGUGGGAAAACACCAGCUGCAGACUGUUUAUACUAACAAGUUAUCACAUUUCUACAAGUCCCUAAAAUUCUCACAAGCCACUCUGAGAAACGACUGCCAUUUGUCUCUCCCUGGCCAGGCUGACAUCCACAUAUAUAUGUUAAAGAUCAGAGAUGAUUAAAUAAGUAAGAAAGAAAAACAAUAAGAAGUACCAAGACAAAGGCAGGUAUGGUCAAGCUUCCUGAUUCAAAUGCUCACUUGCUAAUUCACCUAAAAUUUGUGUGGUCAUUAAACUGAAUGAAAAACCCCAUGAAGGGAAGGAAAGGGAAGCAGUCACAGCCUAAGUGUUACCUUACAGGAUAUGAAAGCUAUCGAUCAGGAAAAACAUUGUUCUAAAACCUGGGUCUGCUUCUAUGCCAAUGGCAUGUUUUGGACAAAGAAAAGAGAGAUCCACAGAUCAAAUUACAUUCUCUAGUAAAUCGGGAAUUUUUCAUGCUCCACUUCGUUAUGAUCAGAUUGGACAGCUUUGGUAAUUUUUGACCCUCUUAGUCCUUUGGACUUUUUGCUUUCCCACAGGAAGCUUCUGAUCCUUCUUUCUUUCACAGGAUACAGCAUGCUUGUAAGAAAGCUGUGCAUUAAUACCAGUUUAAAGGCCAAGAGAAUUCAUGCACCAACUUGGAGGAGACCCUGGCCUUGGACUUGUACUUCAACACGAAGAAAAAUUUCCCUCUGGAGAGUGACACUGUGCAUAUCAGUUCUUCAGGGCCCACCAAAAAAAAAAAAUUAAUCAAGAAAUGGAGAGGAAGAGUAUUCCUUUUUAUUGUCUCAAGCUGUUCCAGCAUCUCCAAACAUAUGCCUGCUCUUUAAUGUCUCUGGAGAGAAUCCUGUGUGUUUCAGGAGCUAACGUGAUGAAGUUGGCCGCUGCUUGGAGAAUUAACAUGAUUAUUCAGCAAAGCAUUCAGCUUUAGUAAACUUUGUGUCAUGACAGAUAUCCCCACUCCAGCAGAGAGGGAUUUCGGAAGAUCUCACUAUUUGUGUUCACAGCAUUAUUGCUCAUCUACAUUAUACUCAUAAACAUCAGCAUUGUACUGAAAUUCUUGUGUGGCAAACAUGAGUCUGUAGAACAUUCCAAAGAUGAAUAAAAGCAUGGUUUGGUACUUAGGCAGAUAUUUUAAUACAGGUUAGCAGAGAGAAAUUUAAAAAGGGAGACGCUGAGCAUUCCCACAUUUGAACUAUUUAACUUGGGAAGCAGUGGGGGGCACAGGAUCAUUUUUCUAUCCUCCCUUUUGAAAUUACAAUGGAGGAAUUUGAUUUAGGAAAACACUGUAUUGCAUGUGAUAAAAACACACAUUAUGCAAGAAAAGGAAUUUGCUAAAAUAAAUUUAACAAAGUUAACCACAGGGUCUGCUGGAGUUUUGGGGUUUUUUUUCCCCAAAAAGUGCAAUGUAUGUCUCUGUCCACUCCCUAAAAUAUGCAACUUUGGGUAAAAACAUGCAUUUUAAAGAAAGAUACCAUCAGCACAGAGAAAUCUGAAAGAGGUUUCAGGGUUGUUAUUCCUGUUGUACAGGUGCUGUGUAUGAGACAGACAAACAACUACACAUCUUCCAAAGCCAAAAGGUAUUUUUCAAUUGAAGGCUACCUAACAGAAUAAUUAAAAUAGCUCUCUAUCUUAGCAGAGGUUUAUGAUUAACGGGUGUGACAUUUGUACAUUCUAUCAAUGCCUGCUCAUGCCCACAUUUGGAACUUCAAAUUUUCCACUGUGUACUUUUUUGUCUGGAGAAAACCUUGGACUAGAGAUAAGAACAUCACCAAAAACAUAUUUCUAGCAGCUCCCACAUCCAGUCAGCCUGUCUGGGUUUGAGGUUGAAUCAGGACCAUGAAGUGCCUGCUGUUCCUCGCCUUUAUUGGGGUGGCUGUUGCCUUCCCCACCUUUGCUGAAGAUGAUGAUGACAAGAUUGUGGGAGGCUUCACCUGUGCAAAGAACUCUGUGCCCUAUCAAGUGUCCCUGAAUUCUGGAUAUCACUUCUGUGGAGGUUCCCUCAUCAGCAGCCAGUGGGUCGUGUCGGCUGCUCACUGCUACAAAUCUCGCAUCCAAGUGCAGCUUGGGAAACACAACCUGGAGCUCACCGAAUCCACACAGCAGUUCAUCAACUCUGCUAAAGUCAUCCGCCACUCCGGCUACAGCGCCUACACCCUGGACAAUGACAUCAUGCUCAUCAAGCUGGCCACCCCAGCCAAGCUCAACAAUGCUGUCCAAACCAUUCCUCUGCCUACCAGCUGCGUGGCCGCCGGCACCAGCUGCCUGAUCUCUGGCUGGGGCAACACUCUCAGCAGUGGCUCUAACUACCCAGACCAACUGCAGUGCCUGAACGCUCCGGUCCUCUCUGACAAGCAGUGCUCUGAUGCCUACCCUGGGCAAAUUACCAAGAACAUGAUGUGUGUAGGAUUCGUGGAGGGAGGAAAAGACUCCUGCCAGAGUCCCAGAAGGAGGCUAUGGUGUCCCAAAUCCCAAGAAGAAAAGAAGUUUGGGGAGAGGAAGGAGGGAAGUGAGGAGGGAAGGCAGAAAAGCUACAGGAAGAAAGGACAUAGCUGGGAGGGAAGCCAGAACACAAGCCAGAAAGGGAGGAAAGCAGGGAAGAAAGCAAGAGAGAAGGAAGGAAGAUAAAAAGGCAAAAAUUUAUGAAAGAAUGAACACUAAAAUGAAGACAGGAAAUUAAAGUAGCAGGAGGGCAGAAAGAAAGGCUCGGGAAGUGAUUGUGGGCAUGAGUGCUGCUGCCUGGGGCUCUUUGCCUACAGUCCCGGGAUACUGGGAAGAUUGGAUUACAUCAUAAACAUUAGAGUGCUCAGACGACAGGGUAGAGGUGUAACAUGGGGUCCCAGCUGCAGAGCUGUGUGCCCAUUCCCUUUCAGACCAGUGGGACCAAGGACCAGUUUGCCUUGUAUUUCCAGCUUGUGGAGAAGGAAAGGGCUGCAUGAACUAUUCCACAUCCUGGUUCUCAAACCAUGAGUUGACAUAGCAGACAGAAAGGAAGGAGAGAUGGAUGCAGAAUGGAAUAGGGAAUAUGAAAAGAAUUGGUGUAACAAGAGACAAAGGAGAGGGGACAAACAGAAAGAUGUGGAAGGAGGAAACUGAGAAGCAGUCUGUAAAUGGCAGAGAUAUGAGUGGAGACAGUGAGAUCCAGAAGAAACAAGAAUCAGGUGGUGAUUCAGAGAUGGGAAAGAAUAGAAGAACAGUUAUAGACCAUGCAAAAGACAGACACAUGGACAGAGAGACAUAGACCAUCUUUCCUGAAGAGCUGCAGGGCCUGUAAGAAAAUGGGGUUCUCUCAAACACAGGGCUCAAUGUGUGCUGGUGGCAGAUCCCUGUUUGCCUGGAAAGGUUUGUGCUAUGCUGCACCAGCCUUUGAGUCACUGUGGAUCUUGUUCAGCACAGAAAUGUGUGCCUGUGUCAUUGAGUUGGGCAUGCUCUACCUUCACUGAUAAAUGGUUGUUCCUAGUCCCAUUACUCUGGAAGCGAUUUUUGAAUUCCUUCUCAAUGUCUGCUUUGCCACCUUCCACUGAAUAUACAACCAACUGCAUACUGGCAUCCUUUUCCUUGGGUAACUUGUACCAGUACAUGUUUACGAAAUCUUUUCCUGAUGCAGAACAUUUCAGAGUCACGGUGUCUCCCACCCGGACAACUGAAUCUGGUGAUUGCUCAAGGGCCCAGCCUGGAAAGAGAGGAGAUGAAAGGUGAGAAGUGAAAUGUAUUGAAGAGGACAAAAAUACUCAUCCUUGAAAUAUGUCAUGGGAAGGAAUGCCACCGGGAUAUCAGAAAGCUAUGGGCCAGUGCCCUGCAUCUCUGAAAAAAGGCACAUAGGAUCCAAAAUUCCCCAAACAAACCAACUUCAAAUGCAGCAGUAAAUCUGUUUUGAGAAAUAAUGACUGCGGUACUCUCAAUUGACGCAUUAAAAUGGGGCUGAAAAAAAAUUUGUAGCUUUGCGGAGUUUCCAGAUUGAAUAGCUGGUGGAAAAGCUCACCUGGUUCAUUGCUCACCCCCACACUGGAAGCCUUGGGAAGAGGCACUGCCAAGCAACCGGGAGCACAGCUGAGGAUGCAGCAGCAGCUCCCAUGCAGCUGCUCAAGAGGAAGGGAAGGCCACUUACCCACAGGGAGCAGCAUGGCCACAAGGAAGCGAUGGAAAUCCAUGGAGAAUGGCCCCCUCCUUCCAGCCACCUGUCCCUGAUGAAAGCACAGACACAGAGAUAUGUAAACAGGAGAGCUGGAGAGGAAGAGAUCAGUCUCUCUGUGGGUGGGCAGGGGAGUGAGCAGGAGUCUGCAGUGUCACAAUGCUGUUGGCUGUCCAGGAAUGGUGGGGAAUGACACCUGCAGGCAGUCCUGAGCUGCUUGUACUCUGCUCCUCUGGCUUCCUGCUGUGUGAGUGUGGGUGUGCAAGAGUAGGUGGGACUUCAGUAGCUGGCAGAGUUCAGAGCUGUCAUGGAGCAGGAUGGGGCUGUGUGGCAGCCUGAGUGUGUGCACAGGAAUGCAAAAAAUGGCAGAAAUUGAUGGGAAGAGAGGGAGAUGUCAGAAGUGCAUGUUUGUGUCUGUGUGUGGAGGAUUUUGUGGACAGUUGCUAGCUGACAAAGGUCACACUGAUAUAAUACCGUUAGUUAAGCAAGAAGGAGACGAGGAUAGGAGUCAGCAGUCAGUGUCCAAACCUGGCAAGGGCACUGUGCCCUUGGUGCAACCUCAGGAUGGGGGAGAGGAUCGUUAGUUAGAAAUAUGAAGAAAAGAUUAGAACAGCUGCAACCUAGUAGUCACAAGAAUGCUAAGGUAGGCAUAGUUAGCUGAUAAGUAACUAACCAGUAAUGUGCUUACCUUUGCAAUAUAUAUUAGCCUCAUUAACACAAAUAUAAAUGUAUGUGCCUAUCAAUAAAGUUCUGAUCACUCAUAUUGAGUGCCGCAUUUCUUCUGCUGAUUACCACAUCUGUGUCCACUGUUUGUCUCCUCCCUAGCCUGCCUCACACUCACAGACUCCCAGCCCAGGAAGCUGCAAUGUGCGAUCUCUGCUUCUCCCAGUCAGGCCUAUGUGCUGUCCAGAUACGGGAAAAGCUGCUGACCUGCCAAGCUGGUGUUUCUUGGAGCCUGGCAGAGAAUAGUUCUGUAGCUGUUCCUCUCUAACACCAAAGGGGGAUCUCAAGGAGAGAACAGGCUGCCUUUGCUUCUGCACUGGGAUUGUCCUUUGGGAAGGACACUUUGCAAAGAUUUUUGAGGAGAAGGGUGUGCCCCACAGGAUGUGCUGAUGCACACUGACCUUCUCCAUGCCAGAGAAAAAUGCAUGCUCUCU